AUGAAAUCGCCAUUGCGCAGGUUCCGGGGCUUCGCCCACCACCACCACCACAGGGAGAGGAAGGACCACCGCCCGCCACCCGCCGAGCUCGACGAGCUCACCUACGCCGCCCAGGAAAUGGAAGAUAUGAGGAACUGUUACGAUAGCUUGCUUUCAGCUGCAGCUGCAACAACAAAUAGUGUAUAUGAGUUUGCAGAAGCCAUGGAUGAAAUGGGAACUUGCUUGCUUGAAAAAGCUGCAUUGAACUAUGAUGAUGAUGAAAGUGGUAAAGUGCUGAUGAUGCUAGGGAAGGCCCAAUUUGAACUACAGAAGUUUGUGGAUGGCUAUCGUACAAAUAUUAUAAAUACAAUCACAAAUCCAUCAGAGUCCCUUCUGAAAGAGCUACAAGUUGUAGAGGAAAUGAAAGACCAAUGUGAUCAGAAAAGAGCGGAAUAUGAAGCCAUGCGAGCAGCCUAUGGGGAGAAAGGAGGGCGAUCGAGGCACCCCGAAAACGAAUCAUUCUCAUCGGAACAACUGCAAACUUCGUUUCUUGAGUACCAAGAGGAGGCAGCAUUGUUUAUAUUUCGCUUGAAAUCACUAAAGCAAGGUCAAUUUCUAAGUAUUUUGACACAGGCUGCUCGUCAUCAUGCUGCUCAGUUGAGUUUUUUCAGGAAAGGGCUGAAGCAUCUAGAGUCUCUGGAGCCUUGUGUCAAAGCAGUUGCUGAGAAGCAGCACAUUGACUACCACUUCAGUGGACUGGAUGAUGACAGUAAUAUUGAUGAUUACAGCUCUUACCAGGAUAAUCAUAGUGAUGGCAGUGAGUUAAGUUUUGAUUACGAGAUAAAUGACAGGGACAAGGACCUCCUCACUUCCAGAAGUCCAAUGGAUUUGGAUCAAGCUCAUCCAGUGAGUUCCCCAAGGCCUCUGAAGGAACAGGAGCAGGAAAAUGCUGAAGAAAUAAAGGCGACUUUAGCAGUUCCUCAUAUGAAGCCUGAGAUUGGUACCCAAUCAGCACCAAUUUUUGCUGAGAAUGUGCCUGAUCCAUCUACGAGGUUUCGGAAAACGAACUUGUUAAACAGAACUGUUCACUCCUACAAACUACCGACGCCAGCUGAUGACAAGAACCCUGCUUCAGUAGUUGCCAACAAAUCGCCCCAUUCAGAUCAACCUGAAAGUAAAUCUCAUGUGGCAGUAAAUUUGUGGCAUUCCUCUCCACUGGGUAAAGAUUUCAUGCCGAAUUCCAUGCAUAGUGGACCUGUUAAGAUGCCAUCAAGUAAUGAAGGGAUAUCAGCACCACUAGUUUAUUCCUACUCCACUACCGAUUUUAAGAAAAUGAAGGCCUUUUCUGGCCCAAUUCCAAGCAAGGUAGGAUUGAGCAACCCCCUGUUUUCUGCAACUGAUCGCAAACCGUCAUGGAAGCACCCUCCCUAUGUGUUGCCAACAAGACCUCAUGGCCCAGGUUGGCAGUCAUCUGUGCCUCCAAAAGUUACACCUAGGGUCACUUCGCUCCCAACAACGACUCCCAGAAUAAGUGAGCUGCAUGAGCUGCCCCGGCCUCCAGCAAAUGUAGGCACCAUGCAUCCUGGUUUGGUUGGAUAUUCUGGCCCUCUGGUUUCAAGGCGGCUGAUGCCUAAUGUAUCCACUCGUGUCUCACCCCCAUCACAUACAGCAUCGCCACUUCCACGACCACCUGCUGCCAUGACUCGCAGUUAUUCCAUACCUUCAAAUAGUCAACGGACUCCUAUUAUUACUGUGAACAAAUUGUUGGAGGCUAGGCAUAGCAGGGAGAGCAGCGAAGUUUCCUCACCCCCAGUAACACCUAUAUCGCUGGCAGAUGUUUCCCGAAGAUCAACAACAGAAACAGCUGUUGACAAGAAAAGGAUAAAGGAAUCCUUGUGA